AGCCAAUAUAUAAUAAGUAAACCAAAUCAGACGACCGGCCUGUAAUUAACCAAGAAAAAGGAAACAGGAAAGAUAGGCACGAAAUCUUAAGUCUUGCGUUUCACUUUCACUUUACCCAAACUUGAUUCUCAAUCAUCUCAUGUAUUUCUUUCCUCAAAAGGGUUGAUUAUUUUUUAUACACAAAAUUGGGUUUCCUUUCCGUUUAAAAUAACCACAUCACUAAUUACUUGUUGAUUUCAAAGAGAAAGCAAGCAGGGGAGAGAAUGACGAUGCCAUUGGGCGUGGCUCUAGAGAUGGCAAAGAUGGUGUGGAUAGCUUUAAGUGGGUGGGUUUGUUCUUGCUUGACAAUUGCUGAUGAAGUCGCUGCCUCUCUCAGAAGCGGUGAUAUUGGUCCCUUCCACGUUGGCUAAUCUCAAUUCUUCUUUUUCUUUUUCAAUCAAAUCCACAUCUCUGGAGAAACCUGAAAGAAGAAUUAGGAGCAUGGGGAACCAAAAGGCUAAAACCAUUUCUAAUUUCAUUCAUUGGUGUGGCUUGCAAAGCUCGGUUAUUGGUUUUCUUAAAUUCCAGUGUGCUGUAAAGUGUCGGUUCAGUUUGAUAAUGUUAGUCUGUCUGUAUUACAAAGCUCCAUGGUUUGGUCUUCGUCUUUGAUAAGACUACUGGAUGUAUGAACAGCAUACUUUGUACAGAAAGACAAUUUUUCUUCAGAUUUGUGGCAUUCAUGGAAGGCACACUCGAAUCUUUGAUGAUCAGUCUUACUGGUUUAUCCGAACAUUACUCAUUUUAUACAA